AUUAUAAAUCCCUAUGCUCAUGAAGGAGAUUUUUUUCCCUGUUAUUUAAACCCACUUGAUCUUCAUUUGAUUCUCUCACUUCAUAACGAAACAGGAAGCGGCGCUUUGUAUUACAGAAAUACUUCGCUACUUCCUAGAAUUCCCACCUACCCUUCUGUGUUUCUUUGUUUUUGAUCCGCCAUGGCUUUCGACAAGAUCAAGGUUGCCAACCCCAUUGUUGAGAUGGAUGGUGAUGAGAUGACUCGUGUUAUCUGGCAGAUGAUCAAGGACAAGCUGAUAUUCCCAUUUUUGGAGUUGGAUAUUAAGUACUUUGAUCUUGGUCUUCCUCACCGUGACGCUACCGAUGACAAAGUUACUGUUGAAAGUGCUGAGGCAACCAUGAAGUACAAUGUGGCAAUUAAAUGUGCUACUAUCACUCCAGAUGAAGCGCGUGUGCAAGAAUUUAACUUGAAAAGUAUGUGGAGAAGCCCAAAUGGAACAAUUAGAAAUAUUUUGAAUGGCACUGUCUUCAGAGAACCCAUUUUAUGUAAAAAUGUUCCUAGGCUUGUUCCAGGCUGGACCAAGCCAAUAUGCAUCGGAAGACAUGCCUUUGGAGAUCAGUACAGAGCAACUGAUGCUGUUAUUAAGGGACCUGGGAAACUCAAACUAGUAUUUGUGCCAGAAGGAAAAGAUGAGAAUACUGAAAUGGAGGUUUAUAACUUCACUGGAAAUGGAGGAGUAGCUUUGGCAAUGUACAACACUGAUGAGUCCAUUUAUUCCUUUGCGGAAGCUUCAAUGAACUUGGCUUAUGAGAAAAAGUGGCCACUUUACCUUAGCACGAAGAACACCAUUCUUAAGAAAUACGAUGGGAGGUUCAAAGACAUUUUCCAAGAGGUUUACGAAAGUAAUUGGAAGACAAAGUUCGAGGAAGCUGGAAUCUGGUAUGAGCAUCGUCUCAUUGAUGAUAUGGUUGCUUAUGCCCUCAAGAGUGAAGGAGGCUAUGUGUGGGCUUGCAAGAAUUAUGAUGGGGAUGUACAGAGUGAUUUCCUUGCCCAAGGAUUUGGAUCUUUAGGAUUGAUGACCUCUGUAUUGGUAUGCCCUGAUGGCAAGACUAUCGAAGCUGAAGCUGCUCAUGGAACAGUAACUCGCCACUUCAGAGUUCACCAGAAGGGUGGUGAAACCAGCACCAACAGCAUUGCUUCAAUAUUUGCUUGGACGCGGGGGCUUGCUCACCGGGCUAAGUUGGACAACGAUGAGAGACUCUUGGAAUUCACUCAGAAAUUGGAGGCAGCUUGUGUCGACACUGUCGAAUCUGGAAAGAUGACCAAAGAUCUUGCCCUCAUCAUCCAUGGAUCCAAGCUUUCAAGGGACCAAUACCUGAACACAGAAGAGUUCAUAGAUGCUGUUGCUGCAGAGCUUCAAGCAAGACUCUAGACUUGAUUGUGUUGCUCGUUAGUCGUUUCGAUUUCAUAAAGUGAUCAAAUAUAAGGGAUCCAAACAAGCCAGCCUACACAAUUUUCCAUUUUGAAGCCGUAACCUUUUGGAUUUUCUUAGCCGAAAGCUCACAUGGUUUCAGUUUAGUGGUCCUCUUUGAUCUUGAUUCAUUGGCCUUGACGAACUUUCUGAAAAUUUUUACUUAUUUGCUAUUUGGCUCUUAUUAUUGUUGUAGUGACAAGUUAUUUGGUCGCUAUAUUGGAACUCUAGGUUGAUUGAUUUGCGAAUCAUAAUACUACCCAUGAAUAAUACAAGGAUCAAAACAUUUUCUGUGAGAA